AUGGGUCUUCUUGGAACCUUUCAAGACUGCGAGGAUAGUGAUUGCGUGGUGAAAUGCCGAGGUGCAGAGUUCAAGGUCCACCAGAGUACUCUCCGCGAGGCAUCCCCGCUCCUCGAUGUAUACUUCGGUUGCUGCUCUAAAAAAGACGAAAAGGUGGUCUUGGGGCUUCAUGAUUUUGGAAUGCACACUGUUCAAGCAUUGCUGGAGUUUAUGUAUUGCGCAAACUACUCGCUCGGGUCAGAUACCAUCAAAGACCUAAAAACCAAAUGCGAAACAGGGCCAGAAGCAAUGGGGACCGCAGCAUUUUGGAAUUCGGAAAACACUAUCGGACAAGAGAAUCUUGUAGCCGCUUGCAUGUUCCACAUGACCGUGGGAAUCGCCGCGCGAUACUAUGAGAUGAACUCCCUCGACGAUCUCUCCAGACAUAAAUUCGAGAUGUCCUUGUCUGGGGUUGAAGCCGAGGGCUUGGCUCAAGUGGCGCGGAACGCUGAUCGACCGACAGUUGACUUGGAGACGCAACGCCUGGUUGCUAGGGCAGUUGUAGGGGCAAUGCAGAAUGAGGACAAUAAGCAUCAUCUCAAGUACCUCGACAUGUCAAAGAUGUCAGAGGAAUUUCGUAAACUAGUUAACGAGAAUCUUGCGUGUCGGCUGAAAGCUGAGGAAAACCUCUCAAAGAGGCUGCAGAGAACAGGAGUACUGCUCUGA